AUGCGCUCAUUCCUGGCACUUUUAUUUCUUCUGGUCACGAUCGCCAACUGCGAGGCCCGGAAUCCGUAUUGGACCUGCAAGGUGGACGCUGAUUGCCUUGCGGGUAGGUCAUGUCGAAAGUCGUACCACAACUUUCCGCUGAAGUCAUGUCUGAGGCCGCGAGAAUACCGAUCAAUGCCCCAACAUUCGGAUGAGGGCCUCCGGUGCGCGACGGAUGAUGAAUGUCCGGCCGGCUACUCGUGCCGCACGUCGUCGUGCCGUCGAAGACCUGUCGCGCUGACUGAG